UCAAAGCAAGCUGGACAACAAUGGCGCUUUCUUCAUUCUGUUUGUAUAUUAUUGCUUCUAUGUUCUUGUCUUCAUUCAUUACUUUCUCCUUUGCAGCAGACAGCAUUGGUCUAAACCAAUCCAUCAGUGAUGGAACAACUUUGGUUUCUAAAGAAGGAAUGUUUGAGCUUGGUUUCUUCAGUCCUGGAAAUUCCAAAAAUCGUUAUGUCGGGAUUUGGUACAAGAACAUUACAGUUCAAACCGUCGUUUGGGUCGCAAACCGAUGCAAUCCGAUCAAUGAUUCCUCGGGCGUGUUGACCAUGAACAGCACAGGGAAUCUUGUGCUUUUAUAUCAGAACAAGAGUGUUGUUUGGUCGACGAACUCAUCGAAACAAGCCCAGAAACCGAUUCUACAGCUUCUAGAUUCUGGUAAUCUUAUAGUAAGAGAUGAGGAAGAUGGAAACUCGGAGAACUAUUUGUGGGAAAGAUUUGAAGAGCCUUCUAAUAUAUUGUUACCAGGGAUGAAGUUGGGAUUGAACUAUAGGAAGGGUCUAAAUUGGCGAAUAUCGGCAUGGAGGAAUUGGGAUGACCCUUGUCCUGAAAACUUUACUUGGGGUGUGGAAAUUGAUGUUCAACAACAAAGAUUUCCUGAAGCUUAUUUUCGGCAGGGGGUCACAAAAUCGAGUCGAUUCGGGCCAUGGAAUGGAGUCACUGCAAGUGGUAUUCAAUUGUUAAAGCCAAACAACCUUUAUGACUUCUACUUUGUUUACAAUGAAGAAGAAGCUUAUUACUUUUUCAACCUCAAGAGCAACGCUAUGAUCAAUAUAGUAGUUUUGAAUCAAACAACUAUGGUGAGUGAACGAAUUGUAUGGGCCGAAGAUGAUAAGAGUUGGAGUCAUUACGAUUCCUUUCCUACAGAACAGUGUGACAGCUAUGGUCUUUGUGGAGGCAAUGGGAAUUGUGUCAUAGGUGACAGCCCGGUCUGCCAAUGUAUGAAAGGAUUCAAGCCUAAGUACCCAGAAAAAUGGUUAACAGAAUGGUCGGACGGCUGUACACGAAAUACUCCGCUAGACUGCAAAGAUAAAGACAAUGAUGGAUUUGUCGAAUUUGUUAACUUGAAAUUGCCAGAUACUGCAUAUGCUCGCGCGAAUACGAGUAUGAACCUAAAGGAAUGCAGGGCUAAAUGUUUGAGCAAUUGUUCUUGCAUGGCUUAUGCAAACUCCGAUAUCAGAAAUGGUGGAAGUGGUUGCAUCAUGUGGUUUGGCGAUCUGAUGGAUAUCAGAAAAGUUUCUUCAAGUGAACAGGUUCUGUAUCUUAGAAUGCCAGCUUCAGAGCUAGGAAACUCUGAUUCUAAGGUGGGAGCUGUGAUACUAGCGGCCGGCAUUGUAGGAUUUUGUGGGGUGCUCUUACUUGGCUACUUCAUUUACAGAAAAAAAUCAAAAGAUAAAAGUAAGAAAAAUGGAGACCAAGAGGAAGAUCUAGAGCUCCCAUCGUUCGAGUUAUCAACUCUAAUAACCGCCACGGAUAAUUUUUCAUCAAACAAUAGGAUUGGACAGGGUGGUUUUGGACCUGUGUACAGAGGUCAGUUAAAAGAUGGACAAGCGAUUGCUGUGAAGAGACUUUCAAUCAAUUCAGGACAAGGAAUAGAUGAGUUAAAAAAUGAAGUAAUAUUGAUCGCAAAGCUUCAACAUCGGAAUCUUGUGAAGCUUCUUGGCUGUUGCAUUCAUGGAAAAGAGAAAAUACUGAUUUAUGAAUACAUGCCUAACAAAAGCCUCGACUUGUUCAUUUUCGAUAAAAAUUCAUCUAAACUACUAGGAUGGAGAAACCGCUUUGAAAUCAUACGUGGAAUUGCACGCGGGCUUCUAUAUUUACAUCAAGAUUCAAGAUUGAGAAUCAUACAUAGAGAUCUCAAAACUAGUAAUGUCUUACUGGAUAAUGAGAUGAACCCCAAAAUUUCAGACUUUGGUUUGGCUAGAACUUUUGGAGGAGACCAAAUAGAAGGAAACACAAACAGUGUUGUAGGAACUUAUGGUUAUAUGGCACCAGAGUAUGUUCAUACUGGUCAUUUCUCCGUAAAAUCCGAUGUCUUUAGCUUUGGUAUAAUGGUCUUAGAGAUUGUAAGCGGAAAGAGAAGUACAAGCUUUUCCUGUGUAAAGGAAGACCUUACACUCACUGGACAUGCCUGGACAUUGAUGCAAGAAGGCAGGGCAAUUGAGUUGCUCGACCCGUGCUUAAGGGAUUCACAACACAAUGUGCUGGAAGUUUUGCGUUGCAUCCAUGUCGGUCUGUUAUGCGUGCAACAUCGCGCUGCGGACAGGCCAGGCAUGUCGUCGGUGGUUGUGAUGCUAAGCAGUGAUAGCCAUGCAUUGCCUUGCCCCAAUAGACCUGGCUAUUUCAUGGAGAUUGAGGAACCACAACAGUAUCCUGAUUCAUCCCUAUCAAGCAUCAUAACGAUCGCAUCCGAUGCAGAGGAUCAAUCUCUAACCAUGCAUAGCAAGUAAUCUUCAUUUCAGAAUCGGUCGUUUCAUGUUGUAUGGUAGAUUGUACAUAUUUCAUCCCUCGGUUUUACCACCAAAGGAAAUGAUACCUAACAAAAUUGAGUUGAGAGCCAAAAAAAAAUAAAUAAAUUAAUUAAAUGAAACUUUUUUUUUCCCCCCUCAUCCCAAUUUUCCUUACA